UGACAAAAUGGAACCCACCAGCAGUGUGAGGAGACCUGAAAGUGGCACAUUGGCAGAGUGUGGCGAAGGAGACAGCAGCAAUGGGAGGCCGUACAGGGACCCCUAUGACACACUCUGGACCUGGCAGCAGCAUGAGGAGACGCGGUACAGGGGGCCCAUGGCAGAUUACGGCGCCUGGCAGCAGCAAUGGGAGGCCCGUAAUCUGCCAUAGCACCCUACUGACAAAAUGGAACCCACCAGCAGUGUGAGGAGACCUGAAAGUGGCACAUGGCAGAGUGUGGCGAUGGAGACAGCAGCAAUGGGAGGCCGUACAGGGACCCAUGACACACUCUGGACCUGGCAGCAGCAAUGA